CCGUCGAUGCAGAAGCGGGACUGCGAUUUGUACUUUGUUGUUGUCGUUGCUCGUGAGAUUAUUAUUUUGUUUCUAUCUUAUUCCGUGGUGUUUACUAAAGCAAAAUAAUUAUUAAUCAUUAAUUACUGAUGUCUGAUGGGUAGGUACUUGAAAGAAUAUUAUAUUUAUUUUACAUUAAUUUAAAUUCAAGUGAAAUGCGCUUGAAUUAUACGAUCGUCUUAGAGCCAGUCACUGUGUUAUCUACGAUUUUUGAAAUGUUCUAAUACUGCCAUCGAUAUGUCUAAUAAGCGUGUGUUUUACUUUUACAACCCCGACGUGGGCAAUUUCCACUAUGGGCCUGCACACCCCAUGAAGCCACACCGUUUGUCGGUCAUACACAGUUUGGUAUUGAACUAUGGUCUCUACAAUAAAAUGAAAAUCUAUCGUCCUUACCGUGCUAGUGCUCACGACAUGUGCCGGUUCCAUCACGAUGAGUACAUUGAAUUCCUCCAAAGGGUAACGCCACAGAACUUGACCACGUACAGCAAAUACUUGAAUCAUUUUAAUGUGGGCGAAGACUGUCCCGUAUUCGAAGGUCUAUAUGAUUUUUGUUCCAUGUAUACGGGCGCUUCACUAGACGGGGCAAUGAAACUAAACAAAAACUGUUGUGAUAUUGCCAUAAACUGGUCGGGUGGUCUUCAUCAUGCCAAAAAGUUUGAAGCAUCUGGAUUUUGUUACGUAAAUGAUAUUGUGAUUGCUAUUUUGGAACUAUUAAAAUAUCAUCCAAGAGUUUUAUAUAUUGAUAUUGACGUACAUCACGGUGAUGGUGUCCAAGAAGCGUUCUAUUUGACAGAUCGUGUAAUGACUGUAUCUUUUCAUAAGUAUGGCAACUGGUUUUUCCCUGGUACUGGUGACAUGUACGAGAUUGGAGCAGAUGUUGGAAGAUAUUAUUCUGUAAAUGUCCCUUUAAAAGAAGGGAUUGAUGAUUUUAGCUAUUCACAAGUGUUUAAACCUGUAAUUCAACAUGUGAUGGAUCUUUACCAACCUACAGCAAUUGUUCUUCAGUGUGGCGCAGAUUCAUUAAAUGGUGAUCGUUUGGGUUGUUUUAAUCUGAGUACUAAAGGACACGGCGAAUGUGUUAAAUUCAUUAAAGAUUUAAAUGUACCUCUUUUAACAGUUGGUGGUGGAGGGUAUACUUUAAGAAAUGUUGCACGGUGUUGGACAUAUGAAACAUCUCUUUUAAUUGAUGAAGAAAUUAGUAAUACAAUUCCUGAACAUGAGUAUCGUGACUAUUUUGCUCCCGACUUUUUAUUACACCCUGAAGUUGUGACACGACAAGAAAAUGCCAACAGUAAACAAUACUUGGAACUUAUUGUUAAACAUACCUAUGAUAACCUAAAAAUGGUACAGCACUCGCCAAGUGUACAAAUUCAAAAUGUACCUGGUGAUGCACUUCCUACAGAGGAAUUUAAUGCUAUUGCUUUAGAUGAAGUUGAUCCAGAUGUUAGACAAUCACAGGUUGAACUUGAUCGGAGAGUUGAUGCACCAAAUGAAUUUUAUCAAGAUGACAAAGAUCAGGAUUUUGAUGAAACUAGAUAAAUUGAUUACUUAAUAAUACUCUUGAUAUUAUUUUCAAUAUUUGUUUUAAAUGUAAAUAUACUCAAACGGAUCAGGGUAAACAUUUUAAUAAAUUGAGAAAAAAUGUUUAGUAUUCAAACACAUUCGUUUUUAAAAUUUUUACAUUAAGAGAUAAAAAAAAAAUAAUAAUUAUCUUAUAUGUGUGUGUCUUACCUUAUAAAGUUAUAAGGUAUAUUUUUGUAUGUUAUAAAAACAUGAUUAUGGAAUAUUUUUUUUUUUCAUAAUUAUACAAUGUGUAUAGUUCUACAUUAAAAAUAAAAAUCAAAUUAUUGUACCUUGUAAAUGUAAAGGAAACAAUUAAUUAUAUUAAAUAUACAAUAUGAUUAACAAAGCAUUGCUAAGUAAUUCUUAGUUUAGUAAUGAAAAUUAUUAACACUCCUAAUUAUUGUUUGAAAGCAUGCUUUGUACAUCACCUGUAAAUAAUUGUUUCAAUGGAUUGUUAGUAUUAUAAUGUAAUAUAUUGUAUAAAUGUAUAAUAUUUGUAUUCAUAAAUAAGACUAGUUUACUUUAGUCUGACUGAGUAAAAUUGUUAGGAAAAUGUCCCACGGCUUCUUUCCCAAAAAUUUAAAACUUAAUCGGUUAUCUUAAGCCCUUGUUGCUCAUUUUGAUAAUUUAGAAACAUAUUAUUAUAAUCAUUUUGAAGUAUGUAAAUGUUUCUCAUAUUUGUAUAAGCUGAAUCAUUAGUACUAAGACCAAUACCUGCACAAGAUGGUUUAUCUGGUAUUAUAGGAUUUAUGUUGAUGUUUCUUUUUGUCAUGAAUUCUAUUUUACGGUAAACAUUUGCUUAUUUAUUUGAUUAUAAUUUUGACUGUUCCAAAAUUGUUGGUAGAACUGCUGAUUGUUUUGUAGUUUUUGUUGAUGUAAUUGGUGUAGAAAUUAAAAUUUCAUUAUUUUGUUGUAACAUUAUACAUUUAAGAGUAUUAUAAUAUAAUAUAUCCGGUGUUUUACUCGCUAAAUCUCUCAUUUUUGACAUUUGCUUGGGUAGUUUUAAUUGGUGUAAUUGUUAUAAUUUUAAUAUAUCCUUCAGAUAAUUCCAUAUUUUCCAAUUUUGGAGGUCAGAAUUUAAUUGACUGUUAUUGUUUUAGAGUGUCGACCAUCAGAGACUGAUUUGAUUACCUUGAUUUUUUACUUAUUAAAUUUUCAUUAUAUUGUUUAGUUCUUGAUUUUGACUUAUUACUCCCUUUAAAAAAAUUUACUUGAAACUCUACAAUGAUGAAUACUUGACAGCAUCAUAUCUAUACAUUUUUUUAAAAAUAUUUAAUUGUUUUAAAAUAUCUGUCAGUAUUUAUUAUGUCAAAAUCCAUUUUUAAUAUUUAAAUAUGAAAUAGAUCUUUUAAUGGGUUAAGAUACAUUCAUAAUUUUUUACUCUCUCAAAUUGUAUAAGAAAAUUGAACUAGUUUUUUUUAUAAUAUAUUAGAUGUAAUAAUUAAUUUUUUUUUUACUUGAAAAAUAAUUUAAAUAAAUCAUAAAUCAUGUAUCUAUUUAUUUGUAUUAUUUCAAUGUAUACAUUGUAUAUAAAGUAUCAUUACUUGUAGGAUACCUAGUAAAAUAUAAUUUUUCUAUAAUUUAUUUACAUUCUAUUAUUUGAAUUAUAAGCUUGUAUAAUUUUGUAGGUAUUUUUGUUGCAAAAAUAUUUUAUAAGCUGUAUUAAAUGUAUCGUAGUUAUGAAUUUAUGGCGUAUCUACAUUAAAAGUAAAAUGUGAGGGUACAACUCAAAAAGCAUUAGGUAUAUUAUUCUGUUAAAGAGACAAUAACUCUGCAUUUAAUUUUUCUGGAACUCUGCAUCUAUUCUGAUUUAAAUAAAACAUUAUGUGGUACCUAUUA